UACGUCACAGCCACAUCCAUACGCCACCAAAGGCACCAUUUUCUCUUUCUUUCUUCCGUCUUUCUUCAAUAUUCAACUGCUUCCACCCACCUGCUCAUUUAGUUGGCUAAUUUGAGCUUUCAAUCCGCCGUUCCCACUGAGUUCUGGAUAGAAAUGAGGGGUUGACUUUCAUAUUGGGCUUCCGAUCUGAAGAUAGAUCCUCCAUGUUGGCUUAGCACAAGUAACUAGAUUAGAUCUUAAUGUUGAAAUAAAGCAAGUUUUUAGAAGCAGUGAAGCUUGUAAUCAGAUGGGUAAUACUUGUGUUGGUCCAAGCAUCUCCAAGAAUGGUUUCUUCCAAUCUGUGUCGGCUGCAGUGUGGCGGAGCCGUGCACCGGAAGGCUCGGCUUCUUACACGAAUGGAGAAACUAUGGAUGAGCCACAGGCUACAACUAAAGAACCCGGGUCACCAUUGCCAGUCCAAAACAAACCCCCAGAGCAAAUGACAAUCCCCAAGGAGGAGCAGCCUACAAAACCCAAGAAGCCCCAUCAAAUUAAGAGGGUGUCGAGUGCAGGGCUUAGGAUAGAAUCUGUGUUGCAAACAAAAACCGGAAACUUUAAGGAAUUUUUUAUUCUGGGGAGGAAGCUUGGACAAGGGCAAUUUGGGACUACAUUUCUUUGUGUGCAGAAAGCUACCAGGAAAGAGUAUGCGUGUAAAUCAAUUGCGAAAAGGAAAUUGUUAACAGAUGAGGACGUGGAGGAUGUCAGAAGGGAAAUUCAGAUAAUGCACCACCUGGCAGGGCAUCCAAAUGUCAUAUCUAUCGAGGGGGCUUAUGAGGAUGCUGUGGCAGUUCAUGUUGUCAUGGAACUAUGCAAAGGUGGGGAGCUAUUUGAUAGGAUUAUUCAGCACGGCCAUUACACUGAAAGAAAGGCAGCUGAGCUUACUAGGACUAUAGUUGGGGUUGUGGAGGCUUGUCAUUCUCUUGGGGUCAUGCAUCGAGACCUUAAGCCUGAGAACUUUCUUUUAGUCAAUGAGGAGGAGGAUUCACUUCUCAAAACAAUUGACUUUGGAUUAUCAGUUUUCUUCAAGCCAGGGGAAAAAUUUACUGAUGUGGUUGGCAGCCCAUACUAUGUCGCACCAGAAGUUCUGAGAAAGCGUUAUGGUCCAGAAGCAGAUGUUUGGAGUGCUGGGGUGAUCCUAUACAUUUUAUUGAGUGGAGUGCCUCCCUUUUGGUCUGAAACCGAGCAAGGUAUAUUUGAACAGGUCUUGCAUGGUGAUCUUGACUUUUCAUCAGACCCUUGGCCGAGUAUCUCAGAAAGUGCCAAAGAUUUAGUAAGGAGAAUGCUUGUUCGAGACCCUAGACGGCGGUUGACUGCACAUGAAGUUUUGUGUCACCCUUGGGUUCAGGUUGAUGGUGUAGCUCCUGACAAGCCUCUUGAUUCGGCAGUUUUAAGUCGCUUGAAACAAUUUUCAGCAAUGAACAAGCUCAAGAAGAUGGCUCUUAUAGUCAUUGCAGAGAACCUAUCAGAAGAAGAAAUAGCUGGCUUAAAAGAAAUGUUCAAGAUGAUAGAUACAGACAACAGUGGCCAAAUCACUUUUGAAGAACUCAAGGCUGGAUUAAAAAGAGUUGGUGCUAAUCUUAAAGAGUCUGAAAUUUAUGAUUUAAUGCAUGCAGCUGAUGUUGAUAACAAUGGAACCAUUGAUUAUGGGGAGUUCAUAGCUGCCACACUACAUCUAAACAAAGUUGAGAGAGAAGAUCAUUUAUUUGCAGCUUUUUCCUACUUUGAUAAGGAUGGAAGUGGCUACAUAACCCCAGAUGAGCUUCAACAAGCCUGCGAAGAGUUUGGCUUAGAGGAUGUCCGCCUGGAAGAAAUGAUCCGAGAAGUUGAUCAGGACAAUGAUGGACGCAUAGAUUACAAUGAGUUUGUGGCCAUGAUGCAAAAGGGAAAUCCAGGCAUUGGGAAGAAGGGCCUGCAAACCAGUUUCAGUAUGGGGUUUAGAGAGGCGUUAAAACAUUAGUUGGUGAGUAGUCGAUUAUGAGGUUCUUGUUUUCUUUUUUUCUUCUUUAUCCCCUCUUUAUUUAUUUGUUCAUUUUCACUUUUCAUUUUGACUUUGUUGAGUUGAAGAUUGUAUGUAUAGUAAAGAGCAUAGGUGCUUAAUCUAAGAAGCAACCCAACUCUUCCUUGAAUUCAUUCAGGUUCCCAUUUGAAAUGGAUUUUGAAAGGUCUACUAUCUUGUACUCUUAUGUAGUAGGGAAAGAUACUUGUCUCUUUAUCUUUCUUUGGUAAUCCUUUAAUUUAAGCCUAGUGAACUUCACUUCUCCUUCA